GCAGAGCAUGGGGAGAGAGGGAGAAGUGAGAGCUGAUUAAACAGAACGAGAGAGUGAUGAGAGUUGGGCGGACUGACUGCCUUUCCCCAGUGAGUUAGCUAGCUGUGGAUGUGAGCAGAACUGCUACAGCACAUCUCUCUGAACAGAGAGGGAGAGGAACAGAGCAAGAGAUCUGGCGGUCUCCUCCCUGUGUUCUUCAGAGCUGGGUGUGUGCGUUCACCUCUAUUGCCUCUGCCGAACAAGAUUAGAGUGUGUGUGUGUGUGUGUGUGGGAGCACCAACUGAAGAAAACACAAACACUCUCUCUCCGCUGAGCCUGAGAGUCUCAGAAGAGCAGCUAACAAACCAACGACCUCCAGCUCCCAGCCGUUGGGUUGAGAGGACAUUGUGUGUGUGUGAUCCAGUUUGGCUUGAGCGUCACUUAAGCGUGAUCUGCUUUACCUGGACAUGUGAGAGCGGUGGUCUGGUAUUACUGGAUAUGUGAGACCGGUGGUCUGGUAUUGCUGGACAUCAGAGCGGUGGUCUGGUAGUCCUGGACAUCAGAGCGGUGGUCUGGUAGUCCUGGACAUGAGAGUGGUGGUCUGGUAUUCCUAGACAUGUGAGAGCGAUGGUCUGGUAUUAAUGGAUAUAUGUGAGAGCGAUGGUCUGGUAUUAAUGGAUAUAUGUGAGAGCGAUGGUCUGGUAUUAAUGGAUAUAUGUGAGAGCAGUGGUCUGGUAUUGCUGGACAUGAGAGCGGUGGUCUGGUGUUAAUGGACGUGUGAGAGCGGCGGUCUGGUAUUGCUGGACAUGUGAGAGCCGUAGGACAACUGGAGGUGAUCAUCUACCUGGACAGAAACAACCGCUGACCCCUGGAGAUAGAGAGAGGAGCGGAAUACCAGUGGAGCAGACUGCCUUCAGUGUCUUAGAACAGACUGCCUCACUAGGUCGUUCUAAAUGUGACUGCCUUAGAUAUUCACAUGUAGCAGAGUAGGAGAGAAAGUGUAUGAGUGCUAGGGGCGUGAGUGUGAUGGCAUAAGGGAGUGUUGAGGGCUUGCAGCUGGUGCUGAGAGAGACUGAGGAGAGAAGGAGGUUGGAUCGGAACAGAGAGAAAAAAAGCUUAGGGAUGACUGGGUGGAACUGGAGGCUAAAGCUAACCUUGGAAUCAUCCUUGGAACCUUGAGGGGCUGCCGCCACUACUCGACCCCAAAAAGAGGAACUAAGACUGGGGAAAGAUCCUCGCUCUGUGGACCCUAAAUCUGGUGCCUGGGAAUAAGAUGGGAUCCAAGAUUUGAGAUCUGGAGUUUUAAGACAUUGGGAUGAUUUCAGAGAACCCUGUGAGGGAUGAGGUUGUCGGGGGUGCGAGGGCGAGAGAGGGUUCCCCACGCCCAGUGUGCACGGUUGGCCCCUCCCCCCUAUGAGCAUGCAGGUGCUUCAUAUGGUCAGGGAGCUGGUGUCUCCCUCCCGGCGCAGAGCAGCCGCCAGAUACGGAGCGUCUGGUACAGAGCAGGAUGCUGUGCUGAGGCUUGAGCAGGAGAGGGCCAAUAUUGUCUCCAAAUAUGACAAGGGAAAAGAGGGCGCCACUGUGGAACCCUGGGAGGAUGCAAGCUUCCACCUGUACAAAGUCAUUGACCGCUUCGGCUUCGUACAUGAGAAUGAGCUUCCGUCCUACGACUCAGUGGAAGAGAAGCAAAAACACUUAGAGGUAGAAAGGACGUCAAAAUGGCUGAAGAUGAUGAAGAGCUGGGACAAGUAUAAGAACAGUGAAAAGCUGGUGAGGAGGAUCUAUAAGGGAAUUCCCCUACAGCUCCGAGGAGAGGUGUGGUGUCUGCUCCUCGACGUUCCCAAAAUAAAGGAGGAAAAGAAAGACUUCUACGAGAAGUUGAAGCUCAGGGCGCGGGGGCUGUCUCCUGACAUCCGUCAGAUUGACCUGGAUGUGAACCGAACCUACCGGGACCACAUCAUGUUCAUGCACCGAUAUGAUGUCAAGCAGCAGGCUCUGUUCCACGUCCUAACAGCCUACUCCAUCUACAACACGGAGGUGGGGUACUGCCAGGGCAUGAGUCAGAUCACUGCUCUGUUGCUCAUCUAUAUGAAUGAAGAGGAUGCCUUCUGGGCUCUGGUCAAACUGCUGUCUGGACAGAAACACGCCAUGCACGGGUUUUUUAUCCCUGGCUUCCCCAAGCUGAUGCGCUUCCAGGAGCACCAUGACCGCAUCCUCAAGAAGUUGAUGCCCAAACUGAAGUCACACCUGGACACACAGGAGGUGUUCACCAGCCUGUACACUAUGAAGUGGUUCUUCCAGUGUUUCCUGGACAGGACCCCCUUCACCCUGACCCUGCGGAUCUGGGACAUCUAUAUCAUGGAGGGAGAGAGAGUUCUGACCGCCAUGUCCUACACGGUCCUCAAACUGCACAAGAAGCACCUGUUGAAGCUGUCCAUGGAGGAUCUGGUGGAGUUUCUGCAGGUGACUCUGGCCAAGGACUUCUUCUUUGAGGAUGACUUUGUGAUUGAGCAGCUGCAGAACAGCAUGAUGGAGCUAAGGAGGUCCAAACUGGAGCUGGCCGCACCAGGUAAAGAGGACGAGUAUCCCAAGAAGCUUCUUGGGCAGCUUCCCCCAGAGCCGGCGGUGAACCAGAACCACGUGGCGAAUGGUCAGAGCCACGCCCAGCCGGCCGAGCCCCCAAAAGCGCCCAGCCCCUCCCUCGAGCGCCAGCGGGACAGCCGGCCCCCCAGCCGGGCGCGCAGGGACUCCCUGGAGAAGCUGGUCCGGCAGCACAAGGCUGAGAAGAGGGAGGCCAGAUCACGGGGGUCCGGAGAGAACUCUGUCCCCCUCGACCCCCACUGCAAACAGCCCUCCGUCCCCACCCUCGCCACCCCCGAGAGAGGGUCCACACCGACACCUACACCGUCCCCGGCGCCCUCGCCGCACCCCAAGCCUCCUACAAAGGUGGUGGACGGAGGGAAGCCUCAGAGCCACGCCACGGCCAACCACAACUCCAAUGCCGCCUCCAGCAGCUCUCGUAAAGACAUCGCCCCGCGCUGGGUCAAGCCCUCUGAGACCAAGCUGGAGGCGGCCAAAGCAGCGGCGGCCAGGGAGAUCCAGCUGAGCCACGGUGGUUCCCCGGUCCCCUCCAGCCCUGACGACACCCUGCUGCUCAACCGCCGGCCCCACUCCAGGGGCUUGAUCCCAGGCUCCAACCGCGGCUCCAAUGCCUCUCAGUACGACAACGUGCCCGGGGGGGCAGAGCAGAACUUUGUGGAGGUCCUGGAGCUAGAGAGGCCACCGUCGCAGAUGAGGCACAGCGAGACGCCUUCCCUACCCCCCACCCGCACCCCCAGCCUGCAAGGGAGCAUGGUCUCCAUAGGACCAGUGGCUAGGCAGGCCAAACACCCCAUCCCCACUGCCCUGUCCCUCAACAGCCCUGCUGGGGGUAAACCCUAUGUCCACCCCAAUGCCCAGAGCCAGUAUCACACGCCCCCCCAGCAGUACUCCCCCGGCCGGCCUGCUAUGGUGCCACUCCACUACCCCCCCUACAGUGUGAGCCUUGAGCAGAGGGGACUGGGAGAGGACAGGCACUACAGCCCCCUGCCCUCCCGAGGCACCCCACCUAUGGGUCUGAUGUAUGGGGAGAGGGGGUACGCCACCACCCAGCGGCCCAGCCUCUCUCCGGAGAAGGCCCUCAUGAACAACUCCUACGCCACCACCCACAGGCAGCCUCCCAGCUCAGCCCAUCCCCCCGGACCACUGUGGCCCCCCGCACCAUACAGCAGCUGGACAGCCCUGGUAGUAACGCCUCCACAUACCUGCGCCAGCCCACACGGCUCACCUCGCGCAGCCGCCCAUCCGAUGUACCCUCCUGUUGACUACAACAGGUACGAGGGGCGCAGGAGAGGGGAGCAGACCCCGCUCUACCUGCCUGAGGGGCCAGGCCGGGGAGGGGCAGUGGAGGUGCAGCCGUGGGGGCAGCAGGAGGGUGGUGACAUGACACAUGCCCCUGGAGGUGUACCCCGCUCCCCCAGCUUCCAGAGGGCCCAGAUGUCCCCCGUGCAGGAGUUCACCUUCCCUCCUGGCCCUGACGGCCUGGCUCACUACAGGACACAGUUCCAGGAGCAACAGCAGCCCACCAUGAGGCAGCAACUCCCCCCGCUGUUCGGAGGACCACACUACAGGCACGCACCAGAGGCGUUCACUAUGCAGGAGUCUAUGUUGCUGUGAGAGGAGGGAGAUGGAGGUGUAGUCACUGACACUGUGGCAGCAGAGACAAGCGGUAGUCCUACUAGUGUUAAGGAGUUUUAGUUUGGUUUGUUUGUGCUUUAUAUGUGACGUACUGACCUUAAAAGUCAUACUGCAUCAUGAAUGCUGCAGGACACCAGUUUCUGAAGUUUUUAUGGAUCCCUUUUAAAAACCCACUGAAGAUUGAUUAUUUAAUUUUUUGAAUGUUAAAUCAUUAACAGCAGGAGUUUAAAAGUGUGUAUAUAUAUGGAUAUCUGUCUUUUAGAGUUUAAAAUGUACAGUAAAUGAUGUUUUUGUUAAUAUACUGAGUUAUUUAAACGUUAUCAGUAGCAGGGGACAAUUCUCCUGGCGAGACAAACUCAGUGAUUCCUUUUUCCUUUUCAUUUGUUCUUUUUUUUAUGAGUUACUUCCAAAUUAUCUAUUUUAGAGGUCAAUUUACUCUAUGCUUGUGAAUAUCUUAUUUUUCAGAGAGAAGAAACAAAGCUAUGUCAAAUAAUAGAAUUACGGAACAGUGACGAUUAAAAUAAUUGUCUAAAAUAUAUCUUUCAUUUCAAUUUUGAAGCACCUCCACUGUAUAACGACCGUUUUUCAAACGAGGAGUUUAUUUUUUCAUUGAGAUUAUUCUGUUGUCGCUCAGUUUAGUGACCACUGUAAUUUCUAGUCAUCGCAAUGCAUUUCUGUAACCUGAAUACAGUGUGUACAGUAUGUUUGGAUAUGGAGGCCAGUGUCUGCUUUGUACCCCAUAUUGAGACUGUAAACUCUAUCAACAGUGAACUAUUUUGUCGUCCGUAGAAAAAAACACCCCUUUUCUCCCAUUAAGUAAUGUAUGAUUUAUUUCCCUCUGAAAAGUUUACAUGAAUAUUAAUUGCAUAUUAACAGUACAGUAUUUUCGUUACCACAGAGUAAUUGUCAGCUGCAAGAGGUUUCUAUAGAGGGGGAAUGUGUAUUAGUAUUGCAGUACUUACUAAGCCGCAAUAUGCUUUAAUUGCCAAUUCAUGUCUUAUUUUCACCAAUCACAUUAACUGCUGUUCAGUUACCAGCACUUUUACAUAUUAAAUCAUUCCAUAUACACACAUCAAUACUUACUGACGUAUACAUACUACUUUGUAGUGUGACGUCACACAUUUGAAUACAUAUUCAACCACCUACCCUUUUAUUGCUGAUUCUCAACUAUGUACUUUUUGAUACAAUGCUUAUCAUUCUCAAACAGUAUAACAAUACUGUUAUUAUUUGAACAUGCAAAUAAGUCAUUCCUUUUUUGGUAAAAUAAUGAAUUGCAAAAUGGUUUAUCAGAUCAUUCUUCAGAGACUUUUCUUUACUUAAUAAAACAAAUUGGGGUGUGCAUUUCUGA